CCCGCCCCGCGCGGUCACGUGAGGCGGCCGCGCGCAGGGCGCCCCCCGCCGCCGGACGCGCCCGCGAUGCUGCGCCCGCCCGGGCCCGCCCCGGGCUCGUGGCUCUGCUGAUCUGCCGCCCUCCGCUCGUGUCCCCCAUGGGCUCACCAGUGUCCUUCGUGCUCUCGAGGAUGUCGGGCUGCGGGGCUCCCGGGGCCAAGAGCCGGGUGACGGUGCCCAAGCGCGUGUGGGAGUUCGUGACGCGGGAGCGCGCGGCGCGCCUGGCGCUGCUGGCGCAGGAGGCGCGGGUGCGGAUCCUGGUGGACGGCGAGACCCCCGAGCUGUACGUGCUGCAGCUCUGCGCGACCCCCCCGGCCCCUCCCGGCGGCGCGGGGCUCUGCCCGGCCCGGAAGGCGCUCAAGGCGCUGCUCAAGGAGACGGAGAAGGAGCUGAAGAAGCGCAGCCAGCGGCACGGGGAGGUGCUGGGGGCCCGCCCCGAGCCCCCCGCGGGCGCCGCCGGCUCUCCCGGCGCGGGCCCGGCGCGGGACGAGGAGCCGGAGCGGCAGUGCCCGAUCUGCCUGGGCGAGAUGCGGGGCCCGCGCACGCUGGAGCGCUGCCGGCACUCCUUCUGCGGGGAGUGCAUCGCGCGGGCGCUGCAGGUGCGCUCCGCCUGCCCCGUCUGCGGCCGCUUCUACGGGCAGCUGGUGGGCAACCAACCCCCCGACGGCCGCAUGCUGGUCACCCGCGACGCCGCGCUGCCCCUGCCCGGCUACGAGGCCUUCGGCACCAUCAUCAUCCAGUACGUCUUCCCGCCCGGCGUGCAGGGGGUGGAGCACCCAAACCCGGGCGUGCGGUACCCGGGCACCACGCGCGUGGCGUACCUGCCCGACUGCCCCGAGGGGAACAAGGUGCUGGGGCUGUUCCGCAAGGCCUUCGCCCAGCGCCUCACCUUCACCGUGGGCACCUCGCUGACCACCGGCCGUGCCAACGUCAUCACCUGGAACGACAUCCACCACAAGACCAACUGCACCGGCGGGCCCCAGCUGUUCGGGUACCCCGACCCCACGUACCUCGCCCGGGUGCAGGAGGAGCUGCGGGCCAAGGGCAUCACCGAGGAUUGAGCGGGGGGCAGGGACCCCUCCCGGGCAGGGGGACCCCCCCAGAACCACCCCGGGCAGCAGGGUCCCCCCCGGAGCCUCCCUGGGCAGCAGGACCCCCAGGCAGGGGGACCCCCACACGAGGGGACCCCCCCCGGGCAGAGGGAUCCCCCCUUCAACAGGACCCCCCAUGCAGGGGGAUCCCCCCCUCAGUGGGACCACCCCAGAGCGGGGCCCCCCCGGCCCCCCUGGCUGGCAGCGGGGGGCACAAGGAGGGGGCCAGGCCCCCCCGGGUGGGGCUGGUGCCACCCAGCCCCUGCAGCACGGACAGACGGACCCCUGUACAUAGCCCUGACCCCCAGGACAGACAGACGGGGCGAUCCCUGCCCCCCACCCCCCACACCCCGGGGGGGUCCCACCCUCUGGGGGGUUAUUUAUUUUUUAUUUCCCCCCCAGGUCUGUAACUUUGAUCCAAUAAAAAUAUGCAAUGGA